GUCUGGUCAUUUGGGGUUCAAAGUGCUCUUCGCUUCAGUUUGCCUCUUUUUUCUCAAGGAGAACUCGAAGGAAGCAAGCAGCGAUGGCGAAGGGAGGCGGUCUUUGGGACGAUUCCGCUCUCAUCAACGCCUUCGACGACGCCAUGUCCAAGUACAAGUUAAUGCAUGGCCAAAAGAAUAACAAUCCAUCCGAAGGAGUAGAAGUUGUUGAUGAGCAGGAAAAAAGUGUUGCUUCUCCUGGCCAGGGAAAUCAUGUCACGAUGAGGGAAGAACCUAAACACACUGUUGCAUCAAAUUGUGCAAAAGUACCUGGAGAGGCUAAUAACGACCCAUCAGUUAAUGGAAACCCCUGUGGAGAUGUGUUGGCUCAGGGAUCUCAUCCAGAUUCAUCAAAUGGUAUGCCUGUACAAGAUACACUAGAAGCCCAUUCAUAUUCUCAAGGUGCUGAAGGUUAUGACCAGUUACUUGCCGAAUAUUAUGAGCUUGAGCAAAAGAAAGAAAAGGUUCUUCAGCUGCUGCAUCAAUAUGGUUACUGGAAUUACCAGUUUCCUCAGGAUGCUAAUGGAGCUGCUCCUAGUGCACCGUGGGCUACUGCUACUGCUGCUAUAGAGCCUUCUGUCCCUUCAGGCCACACUUUUCCAGUUGGUAGUCCAUGCUGCCCUUAUGUUUGUCAGUCAUUUGAAGCACCGUGCCCUGUUUCUACUUGUUCUUUUGGUAAAACAUGUGUCGGUGAAAUUUGCAACGGUGCUCCUUCCACAAGUCAUCAAAAAGUGCCUGUCGAAGAUUCUGACGUUACAAGGACAGCUAUUGAAGCUGCGGAGAAAGCACUAUCUUCUUUGAAGAUAGGAAGAUCUACUGGGGAAGAAGACAGAUCUGGAUAUUUUUCAGAGAAAAAGCUAGAAGGGGAAACUUUACAGACUGAAAGUUCCGAAACUGAUCUUAGUGUUGUUCUGAAUGCAUGGUAUACUGCAGGCUUUUACACGGGCAAGUAUCUCGCGGAGCGGUCUGUUCGAGAGAAAGGGCGUUCCUAAACAACAAGAACUUAUCCAUGGUCUUUGAGGCUUUGAGCUCCUUCAAAGAGGUUCUGCGCCAAAAAUUUUGACAUGUUCAUUUGCGUGUUUAUUGCAAUUCCAUGGAUUGUUUCAUGGACUGCUGACUCCCAUCUAUUACUGAUAUCUUGAAAAAUGCUAAGUACAUCUAGCAUUGCCGAUGCUUUCGUGUUGGCCGAGGGUUACAGGCUUACAAGUUACCAGCUCAUACGGACUGACUCUCUUGUUAAUGAUUUCCCAAUUUCUUUUUCUGAA